GGGGUUACGAGACGAGACGAGACGCGCCCCGAUCUGAAGGAAGUCGAGCCUGAAACCUUUUUAGGGUUUUACGCCAACAACUCUGCUUUCUCUGAAUGAGAUCACAUUAGGAAGAAGGCAAAGCGGAAGGAAAUACAGAUCCAGAAAUGGCGAUGCCACAGCUUUCCGGGCGCACGAAGAACGUGGCGAAGAGAUCGAAGAAGUACUUAGAGGAAGCUCUGUACGUCAAGCUGUUCCAACAAGGCGGCGAGGAGGUGAGCGUCAGGGAACAGUUGAAUAAGUUCCUCAAGAGCUCCAAGCGCGUUUACAAAUGGGAAGUUGGAGACACAAUCAAGAAGUUUCGCGACCGGAAGCUCUAUUAUCCUGCUCUAAAGCAGUUAUCAGAAGCUAUGUCAAGGAGAGGUAUGAACAAGACAGUCAGUGAUCAAGCUAUCCAUCUUGAUCUACUCGCCAAAGCUCGCGGUAUUCGUGCUGCAGAAGAUUAUUUUAUUGAUCUUCCUGAAACAUCAAAGAGCCAGUUGACAUAUGGGGCUCUUCUCAACUGCUAUUGCAAAGCCUCGAUGGCUGAAGAAGCAGAAGCUCUUCUUCAAAAGAUGAAGGAGCUCAAUUUUGGGUUAACUUCCAUGUCUUACAACAGCCUCAUGACCCUUUAUGAGAAGACCAGUCAGCAUGAGAAGAUUCCAUCUGUAAUACAGGAAAUGAAGGCCGAUAGCGUGAUGCCUGAUUCUUUUACAUACAAUAUCUGGAUGAGGGCUCUGGCAGCUGCCCGUGAUAUAUCCGGUGUUGAGAGAGUUAUUGAUGAAAUGAAGAGGGAUGGUAGAAUUGCUGCAGAUUGGACUACUUAUAGCAACUUAGCGUCCAUUUAUGUUGAUGCUAGGUUGGUUGACAAGGCAGAAAAGGCACUGAAAGAAUUGGAGAAGCUAAAAGAUCCAAAAAAUCUCUCUCCUUUCCAGUUCCUGAUCACAUUGUAUGGAAGGACAGGGAACUUGCCUGAAGUUUACCGAGUCUGGCGUUCGUUGAGGGUGGCGUUUCCUAAAACAGCUAACAUAAGCUAUCUGAAUAUGAUUCAAGUGCUGGUUAGCUUGAAAGAUUUGCCAGGUGCAGAGAAAUGUUUCAGGGAAUGGGAAGUUGGUUGCUCAACGUAUGAUAUUAGGGUUGCAAAUGUUCUCAUUAGAGCUUAUAUUAACGAGGGUCAGCUAGAGAGGGCCGAAGAAUUGAAGAACAGGGCCAAAAGAAGAGGCAGCGAGCCAAAUGCUAAGACAUGGGAAAUAUUUUCGGAUUAUCAUAUGAGAAAUGGAGACAUCAAGCCGGCAGUUGAGUGUUUAGCCAAUGCAAUAGCUUUUGGUAAAGGAGACGGACAGAAAUGGGUCCCUUCUAAUGAGGUUGUGAGAUCUUUGAUGGCACAUUUUGAGCAAGAAAGAGAUGUCGAUGGUGCAGAAGCUUUUACAGAUAUUCUGAAGAAGGCUGUUGAGAAUUUAGGAGCAGAAGUGUUGGAAUCAUUGAUAAGAACUUAUGCAGCUGCUGGAAAGAAGACCAACAUGAUGCGUCGCCGAUUAAAGAUGGAGAAUGUAGAGGUGAGUGAAGCGUGUCAUAAGUUGCUUGACACGAUAAGUAUUGAGUGAGACUAGCACUUCGUUCUUUUCAGUUUCAGUAGCUGAUUGUUUGCUGUUAAAGGUGUUAUUGAAGACUAUAAAUGUUAGAUUUUUCUCACAUAAUAAGAACACAAGUCUCCUUUUUGCACUUAUCUUGGUGGAGUGGUACGAUUUCUUGGGCUCUACGCUGGAAUGUAUUCUGUGGUUUCAGGUUUGGUUUAGAUGAUAGUUUUGUUGAGAUUGUUA